UUUUCUCCUCCUGUCGCGGUGCUGGAUAUUUUAUUUGAGCAGCUGCUUAUAUUUUAAACACACUGCAGGGUUUGGCUGCUCUCUGUUGUUUUCUCCUAUGAAGAGCUUUAUUAGUUUUUGAAUUAAAAAAAGUUAUUGUUGCGCGGGAUAAAUAUCUAUAUUUAGAAGUGGAUAUGACUUCUCGAGGUUUGGGUCUGACCGAGAGUCUAAGUCAAGACAUAAGUCAAGAGGAGUUGGAUUUUAACGACCUGUUUUUGUAUAAUACAGGGGAGUUUCCUGUUGGCUGUGACAAAGAUGAUACAGGUGCCCUCUUCCAGGAUAACAACCAGCCUCCACUGCUGGUGGUUGAACAUCCCACAACAUGUGUCUCCACCUCCAUCCAACCUGUCCCCAGCCAGAACACCUCAUCUCGCAGCCCACUCACUGAAGAGAACCUGUCAGGAGCUGUGUUCGAGUCUCUGGAGCUGGCAGUGAGAUCCGGGAACAUCGCCGCUCCCAGCCCCAGGAUUGAGAUUACUCCAUCUGGUGACUCUCUCAGCUCGCAGACCCUGAACCCCAGUCCUGGCUCCACAGUCCUGGGAGCCUACAGGGAGUGCGUGAGCCCUGCCAGCAGUAACUCUUCCACAGGAUGGCCAGCAGAGUCGUACUCUCCUGUGGCAUCGCCCUGUGUUUCUCCCUCAAUCGGAGGUGGCUGUAGCAUGGGGUUGUCUGCCUUAGACCUCUGCCCGGGCCUCCAGAGCAUCCACACUUCCUCUACCCACUCCUCUCCAAGAGCCUCGCCCCGUAACAGCGUCACAGAUGAGACCCAUCUCUUGCCACAGCACCAACGUGCUGCUGUGCCCCUUCCCCACCAGCGCUCCCGCUCUGCCUCGCCACAUGGAAAGCGAGUUUAUGACCAGGGCCACUCCUGUCUGGGGGGCACUCCUGUCAAGCAGCGCUCCCGUAGCCCAAGCCCCAUCCCCUCGUCCCAUGAGCAACAGGGGUCCCUCUACCUUCACCAAUACCAGGCCCACGCUCAGCCCAAAAUUCAGACCCCCUCCACGGGUCUGGAGGAGGACUGGAGCUCCUGUCCGUCCAGAGCAGUUCCCUCGGUAAUGGUGCGAAGUGCACAUGGCCAAGCUCAGACACAGGACUGUGUGUAUGGAGAUGUGUAUGACUGGGCCAUUGAGCAGGAGAGGAUUUGCAGGCCUGGAGCCGAGGUCAAGUCUGACACCAUCUACAUUGUCCCACCUGUGUGGCCACCAUCUCACCCGGUCCAUCACAGCACAUUCAGUUCCUCUCUCCCUCCCAGUGGUCUCUCCAUGGCUCCACUCCCGUCUUUAGAGUGGCCACUGCCCAGCCAGUCCAGUCAGUAUGAACUAUUGAUCCUGCAGCAGCCCAGAUCUCACCACAGAGCUCACUAUGAGACUGAGGGCAGCCGCGGCGCUGUGAAGACACCUAAAGGAGGGCAUCCAGAAGUUCAGCUCCGUGGAUAUCAAGGCUUGGUUCCGCUGAGGCUGCAGGUCUUCAUAGGGACAGCGGACGAGCGUCUCCUGAAACCGCAUGCCUUCUACCAGGUGCACCGCAUCACUGGCAAAACCGUCACCACGCCCAGCAUGGAGAGGGUGAUCAGUGGCACCAAAGUGUUGGACAUCCCCCUGGAGCCAACGAACCAUAUGAGAGUAAUGAUCGAUUGUGUAGGAAUCCUCAAGCUGAGAAACGCAGACAUUGAGCUGAGGAACGGCGAGACGGACAUUGGGCGGAAAAACACGCGCGUGCGCUUGGUGUUCCGUGUCCAUGUCCCUCAGUCUGGAGGACAGCUCGUGUCCCUUCAGGUUGCUUCUGAUCCAAUUGAAUGCUCCCAGCGCUCGGCUCAGGAGCUUCCUGCAGUCGAAAGACACGACCUGGACCGAUGCUCAGUGCUCGGCGGUCAACAAAUGGUCCUAAUUGGUCAAAAUUUUACACCUGACUCCAAGGUGAUUUUCUCUGAGAAGACACAAGACGGGCAGCAAAUCUGGGAGGUGGAGGCUGCUGUGGACAAAGACAAAACACAAGCUAACAUGCUGUUCGCCGAGGUGCCGCCUUAUCGAGACCGGACCAUUUGCCACCCGGCCAAAGUCAACUUUUACGUCAUCAAUGGGAAGAAGAAACGCAGUCAGCCUCAGCACUUCAUCUACACUCCUGUGAUAGCCAUCAAAGCAGAACCACCGGAUGACUAUCAUUCAAACUCAUAUGGCAGUUCAGAUAACUGGUCACUGUCAUUGAAGUCGCUCUACCACCACCACCUGGAGCAAGACAGCAACCUUCAAGCCUUGAGUGUUUCUCCAACCCUGUACCAUCUUGCCACUGUGGACCCCAGAGCCUGCGCUGUUACACUGGACUCACAGGACGACCCGUCAGCGUAUUACCAGUCCGGUGCCAGCAGUCUGAUCAGCAGUCCCAUGCUGUACCACACACCAAACCAACAUUACAGCAGCUGCGGUGCAGCUCUUCUGAGUGGCUUCCCAGUGGUAUCCCACUCCGCCUCCUCUCCCGGUGCCAAAGCCCCUGUGGGCAAACUGACCGAAGGGUCUCAGGUUUGUGAUUCAUAUGAGGCCUGUUUGAUGUCAAGACAGCAGACAGCGCCGCCAGUGGGGAAGUCACCGCCUCCUAGAUUCAUCCAAAGUCAAGCUCCAGAUAAGGCCGCAUGCAGAGCAGAGCCAGGUGAAGGACACCACAAAGAGUGGGCUCCAGAGAGGGUUACAGUCAAAGAAGAGAACCUCAGCUAUGCCUAUCUGGAGGAUGUGAAUGACAUCAUAAGAAGGGACCUGAAAGGACACAGUGGAGAGUGAACCUGAAAGCCUGCAGCUGCCACGAUGUCCAUGCAUCACAUUCAACAUUUAACAACUGGAUAUAAUCUGUAGAAUUAUAAAUAUAACAUCCUUGUUGUCUGAGAGGAUGUUUGCAGGGUGACGGACCUUUGUCCAAACACUCAACCACCACAUUUUUACACCAAAGAGCUGUUAUUUCUCAGUUUUCUAUAUUUCAGCAAAGUUAGUAGACCAUAUAUCACACCUUAUAAUGCAUGUAUGUGUUGUAUGUUUGUAUGUUUACAACUGCUCUGUGUAAGCAUGUGUAAAAUAUUUUAUAAUAAAUAUGUUCAUAUGAA